AUGCCACAUUCUAACAGAGAAACCUCAAUCAAUGAAGUAAACUGGGCGGGCUCGCAGAAAACUCAGAAAUUUAGAAUCACAGACACUUCGCAACACAAGAAUGAGGCAAUAUCCUUUUGGAAUGAUGCACCACUCUUUCACAGCUCAGCCAACCAGCAAUAUACCAAGGAACCUCAAAACAAAUUCACAAUAGAAAAAAUUGAAUUGGACAGCCAGGGAAGAAAAAUUUUAUAUGGCCCAAGUCAAAUAGCCAUUGUUUCUGGCAUUUUUGCUGAGUCUAAAUUUCAGAUUGGGCAGAAAGUGACUGUCGCACCUUGUCUGUGUUGCACAGGAGCUGAGGAGAAUGCAGAGUCAUUUAGCUGCGACGACUUCAUACUUGAUUCUUCAGAUCAAAUUGAUGGAAAUUUUACUUUAGAUAAAACGGUAUUUUAUGUAAAUAGCACAAGGAACACAAUAUUAAUCGAAGACGAUCUUCUGACAGUAACGUCACUUUGUGCAGCAUUGAAGUGUAUCAACAUUCCCCUUCUCCAAACUUUGGUUUCUGAUUUGUCAUUUGAAUUUGCUCAUCCUAGCCUUGUGCUUGGAAUAUUAAUUCACAAGCUAAUUCAAAUGGCUCUGAUUGAGAAGAAGGCCACUUUGACAUUUCUUGUAAGCACAGCAAAAUCUAUCAUCAUGGACAAUCUUAUAUUGUUGUAUUCUUGCAAUAUUUCUGAUAAAGAAGCCUUGAAUGAAAUUCUCAAGAAUAUUAAAAACAUCAUCAGGUUUCUGGAUAGAAAUUUCCAGGUUGAAAAAGUUGAGCACAAAGUUUUUUCAACUGUCUAUGGACUGAAGGGAAGCAUUGACUGUUUGGAUUCUAACUUUGUCAUUGAAAUUAAAACAGGGAAGUUUCUGAGUUUAGAACACCGCUCACAAGCCAUACUAUAUUCAUUAUUAAUGAUGGAGACUGAUAUGAAGAAUAGGCGCAGUGCCCAUGACCACCAGAACAGUAUGAGUGAUGCAAAGUUGAGGACCAACACCUACACACCACUGCUGUACUAUGUAAAAUCAGGCGAUUUUGUUGAUAUUGAUUUACAACACGAAGAAAUUGUACAUUUAUUAAAACUUAGGAACGAUAUAGCAACUAAUAAAUGCCUAUCAAAUUGUGACUGCCCAGAAACAUAUCCAUGUGCAAUUUUAAACAAAAUAAAAUUGCUUCCAUCUUCGCAUUUUCUCAGGAAGCAAUUAGAGGCAAUAGAACUAGAAGCCUGUAGAGAAAAGUCAUUUUUUAAGGCCAAUAAAACAUCACAGAACCAAGAGAGGCUGUGCUUGAAAGUGUCGGAAAGGUUGCUUUUGAACGAAUUUGUAUAUCUUUACACUGUGAAUCACAACUUUAUAACUUUGGGCUUGGUUGAGGCUUAUGAAAACGAUCAUAUCGUCAUAAUUCUGAGAGAAAACAUUAAUUUAGAAAAGAAUAUGCUAGUUUGCCUUGAUGACGAUACCAAUUUUCUUACAUUUAUGCGCUGGUCACUGGUUCAAAUAGCCUUUCCCAAGUUUUUGAGAAAAGAUUGCAAAGGCCAGGGUAUUGAUUCAUUUUUGCUACCUGGACAGGAGCAUGGACUUGAAGUAAAGUGCGAGAUGAGCAUUAAAUCACAUGCAGAUUCAUGCUCGAUAGAUUCUGAUGCGAUGGCCACGUCCUCCGAUAAUGUCGAGCUUACCAGUUUAGAUCUAGAAAGUGAUUUUAGCUCUACCAACUGUUGUGAAUAUAAUACCAAAAAGCCACAUGUAAGUAUUAAAUCGCUAGACCAGCCAACUCAGACUAUAAAAGAAAGUAUAGUUAGCACAUGCACAGUGCAUCAGAAGAGGUGCUCGCAAAGCAUUUCUAAUUCCUUGAAAACAAAGUUUUUGGAAGAUGUAUUCUCCAGCGAAAUUGAAAAUAUUAGACAGGAUUCUGAUUUGUAUAAUGAGUUUGUAUUCAAAACGCCGUAUAACAAUCAAAGUAUAGAACAUGGAAUAGAUAUUAAUGCAGAUGACAAUGUUCUUGAAAAUGCACCAUCAGUUCCAAAUGCUAAAAGGAACAAGGAGGCUAGGGAUAGCAGCAAGGAUGAUGGAGUGUAUAAGAACGACUCGUGUAGUAAUUUGAUUAGCUCGGAAGUUAAAGCAUCGCAAAGCACAUCCAGCAGCUUGCAUGAAAAACCAAAAGUUCUUUUCAACGAGACGUCCCCGCCCUUUGAUUGCUCCCAAUACUUUAAUACACAGAAUCAGGGCAGAUUCAGCAAAAGCAGCCAAUAUCCCAUUCCCGAGGGAUUUAAAGAUGAGUUUUUAAAAUUAAAUGACGAGCAAAGACAGGCAUUGUUUUUGUCUCUGAAUUGUGAAAACUAUAAAAUAAUACAUGGAAUGCCAGGCACUGGAAAGAGCACUGUGAUAUCUCUUUUGAUUAGAAUUUUAAUUUCAUACGGAAAGAAAGUACUACUUGUCUGUUAUACUCACCUUGCAAUUCACAACAUUUUGAAAAAGGUCGGAAAAGUCAAAUGCUAUCGUGCAAAAAAAGAAGACUUGAAAUUCAAGAGCUAUGCUGAAUUAGCACAACAUUUUAAAGAUAUAGAUUUGGUGGCAGGAACCUGUUACUCAUUUGGUGAUCCAGUGUAUUUAAAUAGAAAAUUUGACUAUUGUGUGAUUGAUGAAGGAUCACAAAUGCAUCUGCUCCUGUCUCUCAUUCCAAUAUCGAUUGCGGACAGGUUCUGUAUUGUUGGCGAUCAUCUCCAGCUUAAGCCCCUAUGCAAAAAAAGCCGUGAUCUAAAUUUGAGCCUUUUUGAGUUUUUGAUAGAUCAUUGCUCGACAUUAACACGCCAAUAUAGAAUGGGGGAUUUGAUAAUGAAGCUUAGCAACACGCUGUUUUACGACAAUAGAUUAAUUGGCUUUGGUGGGCUUAGCACUGUUGUGUUUCUUGAUUCAGACAGGGUCGAUGUGCUCAAAACUGUUAAAGAAGUCAAGAACUGUGCUAUUUUAUGUUAUUUCAACUCGAAGGUGCGGGAGAUUUCCAAUAUUAACAAAGACGUUAUUGUUACAACAAUUGAUAGGUUUCAAGGGAGCGAAAGUGAUGAGAUCAUUGUUAUUUUUGAUCCUGUUGAAAAAUGUGAAAUCAUAGAAAGCAGAGAAAGGCUUAAUGUAGCACUUACGCGGGCAAGAACAAAGCUAACGUUGGUGGGGAGCAAGAGAGACAUGCUAGAAAUUCCCCUAUUCAGGCAAUUAAUCGAUAUGGUUGUAUAA